AUUGCUUCAAGAUGAUGUGGAUCGACACUAACGUACCGUCCUCGCUGCUGCAGACCGCACGGCUCGAGCAAAGACACUGGGCUAAUACGCUGCUCGUAUUUUUCGUCGCCGUAUUCCUGUGCAGCUCGUAUCUCUUUUGUUUCCUGUACCGCCGCUGCUGCCUCUGCAAGCGACGACACAAUGAGAUGGCUCUCGUUCCAAGUGCUACAGUAAUGGUCAGCGAUAUGGAGGAGCCGCUGCUGGGAGACUCAGUCUACGACGGCCAGGUGCCGACUUUUGAGUAUGUUCCUCUUGCCCACGAGUAUCAACCAUCAGCACCUCCGUUGGGCUGAGAGAAUGGUCACCGGAGAUUGACCUAAAGUUGCAAGAGUCAAUUUCUCGUGCUGGCGAACUGCUGCAGGCGACUGGCGACACAAAGCCUUCAAUAUUUGAAAUAAAUUAUGUAUGUGACGAGCGAUAAUGGACUUGUGGAACGUAAGUGUUGUAAUAAACUUGUUGCCGACUUC